UUUAUCUAUCCACAUGUUGUGUAUAUUUUUGUGAACGUAUACUAAGCUAAGCACGUCGAUUUGUUUCACAGUUUCUUAGGAGGAAGGACUUCGAAGUUUGACAUUUUCCCUCAGAAGGCAUUUCCCCGUGACUCAUUUACACAGAGAAAGUAUCUGAAAAAGGAUGGAUGAGGAAGAAAGGAACUACUGCUGCCUAAUACUACUGCUUUCCAGGGUGGGGUUGUCAAAGUUAAGGGACUUCUUCAUAAAAGAAUGGGAUUCAUCAGGUAGUUUUGGCCCGUGGACUGACUGRUKUAAGAACGGCGUCGACUUGUUGACAAUAUUCACCAKMACYCUUCCUUAUGAAAGAGCCAAAGUCCAGUCAGGUGACACUACAACAUGGGAUUUAUCUCUCUUUGUCAAAGUUCUAUUGAAUUCGAGUCCUCCAUUUGUGCACAUUCCUAACAUAGCUCUAGUUAAUGGCUUGCAGUGUUUGAAGGAAACGAGAAACGUGCUCUGUCACACAGCUAGCGGGCGUAUUAAAUCUGCAGAGUUCCAACAACAUUACGGCAAUGCUUGCAGUGCAUUGUUGUUGUUGGGUGCUUCAAAAGACGACUUCAACAAAGUCGAUGAAGAUGUGCAGAAGCCAUGGAAUGAAGUGUUAUCACUGGUCAAGGAGUGUUCAUCUCAAGACGAAGUCAUCCUACAAAGAAUAGAAAACUCAACAAAAGAGUUAAAGCAAGGCCAGUCAGAUAUACAGAAGGAGCUUAAAGGACUAAAGGACGUCCUCCAAGGAAUUCAUAAUCUACCUGGCCCAUUAAAACCCUCAGACGUACCAAAUYAUGGCGAAGCUGUUAAUCAGGGUGAUGGUGGAAAACCCAGCAUUCCUACACAAGAAAAACAUAGUGACGAAAGGGUUGAAUCUGCUGGCAAUGCAAAAGAGACCAAAGACCGUAAACAAGAAGCAACAUUUUAUGCCUUUGAUCGGUCAGGUUCCAUGACGACAAUGGGAAACGCACCUGCAGAAGCAUUGUUCAAGGAGACGCUGGAUAAGGUAGCCGACGCAUUGGAUGGUGAUUUCGUAUGCAUCCAGGCCUUUGACGAUCAGAUUGAUCCUCCUCUCCACUCUGGUCCUGCAAAGGAAAUCAAACUGACAUUCGACCAAAUUAGGAAGGGCUUGAGUCCUCAGGGUAGGACAGCCUUGAACGACGCCAUCGCUAAUGUUAUGUUAAAAGCCAUGACCUUUCGUGAAUCCAACCCGGGUCACGAGGUCGCUGUUGUUAUCUACACCGAUGGCGAAGAGAAUUCCUCUGUAGAGUAUAGUGGUUCAAAUGGUCUAAAGAAAGUAAAUAGUCUCGUUCGCAAGGCUCGUGCUAUGGGCGUACAUGUGAUCUUCAUGGCUGCAAAUAUCGACGUCUUUAAGACAGGGAAUACAUAUGGUGUUCCACAAGCAUCGUGUCUAGAAGCUGGACAAGGUAACUUCGUUGGACUUGACUUUGCAGCUGAAAGAAUUCGUUCAGUAUCAAGUGGCAUAUCAGACCAUGUGGAGUUUAGCACCGUUCAAAGGGUGAAGUCAAAGGAUUUAUGUCCUGGUCAUAUGUGGAAGUUUUGGUAGACACAAGUACCCCUAACUGAACCAUCAUAAGUAAACACACCGAAUUCAGAAAAGCACACAGCACUGAUGAUAUAGCUGCGACACCAGCACUAACCAGAAUGCCGACAUCUUCAACGAAAUCCGGGCAGCCGCUAACUUUGGGACAUACGUUUCAGAAUAAGAGUGGAAGAUUCCAGCUUUUUGGAGUUUAUUAUUUGAAAAAACGAAAAGAUUGAUUAUUAUUGCACAAUAAUAAUUAAGAUUCAAUAUUUGUACGUUAUGUUAAUUAAUAUCCGUAUAUACACCACAUGGUUAACAAGAAACGAAACCCAACACGAUUAAAUUUAUGGUUGAGGCUUUUAUAAGUAUUACAUAAAUAUUUGCGAAUAAAACUUUCUGAAAUUA